AUGGCAGGCCCAGGCACGCCGGGCAGCGGCCAAAAGUCCAUGUCUUCAAGACUCCUAACAAUGAAGUUCAUGCAAAGAGCUGCUGCUUCUUCUCCCGCUUCUCCCUCGGUCUCUACUCCUGAAGAACCUCCAAACAAGCGCCGAAAGAAAGAUAUCGAUUCCUCACCUCCGAGUUUCAACGUCGAUGCUUUGGCAGAUCAACGAGCCAUACAAAAAGCUAUGGCAGAGGAGGAGGCGAAACGUCAAGUGGCCCUAGAUAAACAAGCUGCCGAGGCUGGGGAUACAAAAUGGAUAUUAAGCUUCAAAGAUGAGAAUCACUCGCCAUCUUCUACACUGGCGCUGCGGGUCGUUCAGACAGGGUACGCGAACCUUGACCGUAUGGCACCCUUAGAAAUCAGAUCUGUGGAACAUGAGCCAGGGGAUAAGCCGGUUGCAGUGGGACGGCGGAGCUUUGGAAAUUUUAAUCGGCGUUUGGAGAAGCAGCUAGAUCCAUCGAUCGAGAGCUCGUCAGGAUCCCAGUCUGACGAGGAAGAUGAGGGAGAAUCAUCAAAUGACGACUCGGAAGAUCCCACCAAUGACCUUAUUAAGGGUUCGCGAAAAGAGGCUGCACAGCGGGUGCGGAAAGAGCUUAAAGCCAAAAAGAAGGCGGAAAAGGACAGGUUACGAGGACUAUCAAAGGAGAGAAAGAAGAAAGAUGUCAACCUGAACCGGGAUAUCGAUGUGCGUGGUCUGACAUCCCUUUCUGGAUCAAAAGGUGGUACACCUACUGGGAAGGGACCUUGCCAUCAUUGUGAUGGGCCUCAUAUGAAACGAGACUGCCCUGAAUUGGCUAGAAAAGAAGAAGGGCCUUGUUUUGCGUGCGGUGGGCCGCAUUUCAAAGCUUCUUGCCCUCAGAAUAAGCGGCAACAUCCUGGUGGCGAUGAAGGACCGCCACGGAAAUUCUCUAGGACGCGGUGA